UUGAGAAUCGCACGUGUUGCAUUCUAUUGUGUUGUUUGGGAUUUGAGAAAAGCUUAUCAUCUCUCGUUCUUGAGAUCAUCAAGAAAUGCGUUGGGAGAAAGUGUGAGUUGCUAUUUUGGCAAAAGACUUUAUCUGCAAGUGCUAUCUAUUGGUUGCUUAAAUUGAAAACAUAAUAUACUUUUCUUCGGUUUCCUUUCCUGUAUAGUGGUUUGUAUUCGGUAUGACCCAGUCUCCACCGGUCACCGUCAUCGUGUUGGUAUUUGUUGGUGUCAUCAUAACUGCUAUCGUUUUGAUAAUAUUAUUUGCCUUUGCUUGUCGUUUUGUUAGAGAUUCUGCGAAUACCUCGAGAGUUUCAAAUAUUGCGCUUUUUGGUGUUCCCAGCUCAAGCAUAAGACGACUUCGAGGAUUGUCCAAGGAAGAAAUAGAAAGAGCUUGUCCUCUUGUAAUUUAUAGAGGUCCCCAUAACUUACUGGUCGAUGUUAACGAGGAUAAAGAAGAGAAGGGAGAAGGGAACAGCACGUUGGAGGUGCCAAGAGUGAACCUUCCUUCAGGAGUUUUUUCACAAUCGUUCCAAGUAGAAGACAGCAAGCCUUUUCAGGAAAGAAACAUUCCAGAAGAUGCAGAAGAAAGUGAUUUUGGGGAAUCUAGGAAAAGUUAUGGUUAUGGAAAAUAUCGUGUGCCGGACGGUAUAUGUGCUGUGUGCUUAGAGGAAGUAACUGUAGGAACGUAUUUAAGAAUGCUUCAUUGUCGGCAUGCAUUCCAUGAUGCUUGUAUUACUCACUGGUUAUUAUGCGCCAAUCGUUGUCCUCUUUGUAAUUGCCCCGCGUAUGAAAGGCCUGUUGAAGCAACAGAUACAGCACAAGUGACGACUGAUAACUCGCCAGAUACGACGGUUGCUAUAUCAGAUAAUCAGGAAGACGAAACUCGUUCCAUAUCUAUUGCUGAUCAGGAACUUGUAGCGUCCUUGCGAAGGCAGUCAAGGCCCACCACUCGAGCUGCUAGACUUUGGACAUUUAUUCGGUUUGGACCUUAUGCAACUGCUUCUCAAAACCUUGCAGCUUAAAACCUUGUUCAAAUUUGGCAAAAGGGUUUAGAAUUUCUUUUUCAGUAGUGUUCUUUCUUGCACGAUAUAAUAUAUUGUAUUCAAAAAUGUUUCUUGCAAUGUUGGAGAAUUUUAUGGGCCAAUAUAAAGGAUACUAAGACUAAUUAUAAACAGAGUAAAAGUUACUUGUUACAAAAUGAAAAUUUAGAAUAUUCU